AAGCGAGUCGCGGCGACCUAUCCGAAGUGUGGGGAUAUCAGCCCCUUUAUGGCCUUGCGACUGCUGAACACCAUUGUUGGGAACAUGUGUGCAGAGCGGACCAAACCGGGGAAAUUAGAUGCGGUCGAGUCUUUACCACUGUCCAACUGGAAAGACCUGCGGAGAAAAAAUUACUUGCGCGAUUUGUGCACGUCCGUCCAAGACGCGCUGAAAAAGGAGAAGGAGAAGCUGCAAAAGUACCCCUAUUACGUAUCCUGAGUAAAAACUACGCCGCUAAGGCUAUUUAACGACCCAUAGUCAAGAAGUUGGGAACUCUGCAACACAAAUCUAGAACAGUUUUGGGAAUCAUACAUGACAAGUUCGGCUCUGUAUUGAUGUAGUGCGCGUUAUAAAGGGCAGUCGUAUCACUAUCACGAAGCCAUCUCCUAUAUCCUCUUUGCAAAUGCCCAAACGCGAGGAUUGCAAAUGCCUCUCGUGGGCGGGAUGCACAUAAGCAAUUGCAAGUGUUCAUGUAAAAUUGCAAGGGACGAUGUUUUUUCUCCGGAUAUUACGAGCAGAAGAUGCUGCACGUGAUCGAGAACCUCGAGAGCCCGCUAUCCUGUGUAAAAACGUCCCCACCCCAUAGUCAAGAUGGGGACUUUGCAACACAAACCUAGGAGUCUUGUAAGUCACGCAUGACAAGUUGCAUUCCGUAGUGUAGUGCAGGCUAGCAAGUGCAGUCGCAUCACAGAUCCAUGUGCUUAUCCUUUUCACAGCAUCACAAAUUCCAAAACACGAUUGGAAAUGUCUACCAUGAAUAUGCGCAUCACAAAUGUCCUUGUCAUUGCAAAUCUGCGUGGCUACCGUUUUAAGGUUUAGAGAACGACAGGGACGCCCAGCCCUUAGCUUCCCAACAUGACAACUCUGGGGUGGGGACGUUUUUCCUGAGGAUACCCGCAGCACGGGACCGCGGCGGCACUGCAGCGAGUCCGGAACUUGCUGGAUUUGGACCAGCGGCUGAUUUUGCAGACGAGUGACGGCAAAAUUGUCGACCUGUUCGAAAUAUGGAUUGCAAAUAUCCCUGGAUGUCUGGAAACUUGUGAUGCAAAGGAGGGAAUCGCAAAAGCACUGUAAUGCGCUGCCCAGCAUGAUAAGGUUUGCCGUGGGUCUGAGUUGAGUACUCCGCAUGAGAAACUGCGUUUUUGCAUGACAGCAAUACAGAGCUCCGAGUCGACAUGCCAGGCUAGCACGACAAAUCUCGCAAUCUCCCAGACCCAGACCUUUUUGCAGUUGAUGCGAAAUGUUUAAAGACAGACACCCGGCGGCGGUGCAGAACAUGCUGCGUUUGAUGGUGAAGAUUUCCACGAUAUGGAUUGUAAAAAUGUCUGGGUCUGGAAACUUGUGAUGCUGGGUGGCGUAUCAUGAAGAGGCCACAAGUGCUGGCUCAGCAUGACAAGCUUUCGAGCUUCUAGGUGUUGCCUAUUCUGCAUGACAGCCUGCGUUUCUGCAUGGCAGCAAAAUGGGGCUCUUGGGUAACGUGCAUGACAGAUUUAACGAGUCGUGACAGACUAGCAUGACAGAUCUCGCAUUCUUCCAGGCCCAGACAUAUUUGCAUUUGAUACACGACUUUAGUACGGUCGGUCGGCAGCGGAAGUGUUGGAAGUUCUUCUGCAAGCUCUGGCGCCGGCGCGAACCAGGAAGACUCGAUUCAAGACGAGCCAGACGGAAACGAAUUCACCGCGGCGGAGGACGCCAGCACCACAGCACUUGCGACCACGGGCGCGGCGAAAAACGUAUCGACUGGUAUCACGCAGCAACAGCAGCACUUCUGCACGAAGCGGGAGAUGCAGGACCAAGUGCUGUGCGCCAGCGUUUUCGGUUUGGUCGGUGCCAUGGACUUGCAGACGGUGGUGGAGUUUGAGCGGUCCCAGCAACUGCAGAUCGUGCAGCAAGUCCCCGCCGCUGCAGGGAAUGCGACCGCACUAGCGGCGCAGAAAGACGCCGCUGCCUCUACGACUCUUGCUGCGAACCAGGCAGCGGACGUACCCGGGAUGCAGCACCAGCCGUCGGCGCAAAGCCUCGCGAAUUUGAAGGCCUCCAGGAGUAUCUAUCAGAAGGAAAAAGCUAGUGCCAUCUUUUCACUUCUGCAUUUUUUAUCGAGAGACCCGAGGUUCUCCGUGGGCCGGCCCGGAUCGGCUUGAUUAUAUAUCACAGUAUGUAUCAGAGGGGGACGCAAGGGACGCAGCAAAAAUUCGACAAAAAAGCCGCCCGGUUCGACUCCGGAGACCCCUUUUGAGGUUCUCCGGGGUUCGGCUAGGUUUUGGGCGCUCCCGCGCGAAGCUUUUGCGGUUUGCAAAUCACACGACACCCCCUCUGAUGAUUUUUCCAACGCUGCAGAAACUCGACAAAAAAGCUGCCCGGCUCGACUCCGGAAAUUCCUUUGGAGGCUCUCCGGGGUUCGGCUAGGUUUUGGGGUUUCCGCGCGAAGCUUUUGCGGGUUGCAAAUCACACAAAACCCCCUCUGAUGAUUUUUCCAACGCUGCAGAAACUCGACAAAAAAGCUGCCCGGCUCGACUCCGGAAAUUCCUUUGGAGGCUCUCCGGGGUUCGGCUAGGUUUUGGGCGCUUCCGCGCGAAGCUUUUGCGGGUUGCAAAUCACACAAAACCCCCUCUGAUGAUUUUUCCAACGCUGCAGAAACUCGACAAAAAAGCUGCCCGGCUCGACUCCGGAAAUUCCUUUGGAGGCUCUCCGGGGUUCGGCUAGGUUUUGGGCGCUUCCGCGCGAAGCUUUUGCGGGUUGCAAAUCACACAAAACCCCCUCUGAUGAUUUUUCCAACGCUGCAGAAACUCGACAAAAAAGCUGCCCGGCUCGACUCCGGAAAUUCCUUUGGAGGCUCUCCGGGGUUCGGCUAGGUUUUGGGCGCUUCCGCGCGAAGCUUUUGCGGGUUGCAAAUCACACAAAACCCCCUCUGAUGAUUUUUCCAACGCUGCAGAAACUCGACAAAAAAGCUGCCCGGCUCGACUCCGGAAAUUCCUUUGGAGGCUCUCCGGGGUUCGGCUAGGUUUUGGGCGCUUCCGCGCGAAGCUUUUGCGGGUUGCAAAUCACACAAAACCCCCUCUGAUGAUUUUUCCAACGCUGCAGAAACUCGACAAAAAAGCUGCCCGGCUCGACUCCGGAAAUUCCUUUGGAGGCUCUCCGGGGUUCGGCUAGGUUUUGGGCGCUUCCGCGCGAAGCUUUUGCGGGUUGCAAAUCACACAAAACCCCCUCUGAUGAUUUUUCCAACGCUGCAGAAACUCGACAAAAAAGCUGCCCGGCUCGACUCCGGAAAUUCCUUUGGAGGCUCUCCGGGGUUCGGCUAGGUUUUGGGCGCUUCCGCGCGAAGCUUUUGCGGGUUGCAAAUCACACAAAACCCCCUCUGAUGAUUUUUCCAACGCUGCAGAAACUCGACAAAAAAGCUGCCCGGCUCGACUCCGGAAAUUCCUUUGGAGGCUCUCCGGGGUUCGGCUAGGUUUUGGGCGCUUCCGCGCGAAGCUUUUGCGGGUUGCAAAUCACACAAAACCCCCUCUGAUGAUUUUUCCAACGCUGCAGAAACUCGACAAAAAAGCUGCCCGGCUCGACUCCGGAAAUUCCUUUGGAGGCUCUCCGGGGUUCGGCUAGGUUUUGGGCGCUUCCGCGCGAAGCUUUUGCGGGUUGCAAAUCACACAAAACCCCCUCUGAUGAUUUUUCCAACGCUGCAGAAACUCGACAAAAAAGCUGCCCGGCUCGACUCCGGAAAUUCCUUUGGAGGCUCUCCGGGGUUCGGCUAGGUUUUGGGCGCUUCCGCGCGAAGCUUUUGCGGGUUGCAAAUCACACAAAACCCCCUCUGAUGAUUUUUCCAACGCUGCAGAAACUCGACAAAAAAGCUGCCCGGCUCGACUCCGGAAAUUCCUUUGGAGGCUCUCCGGGGUUCGGCUAGGUUUUGGGCGCUUCCGCGCGAAGCUUUUGCGGGUUGCAAAUCACACAAAACCCCCUCUGAUGAUUUUUCCAACGCUGCAGAAACUCGACAAAAAAGCUGCCCGGCUCGACUCCGGAAAUUCCUUUGGAGGCUCUCCGGGGUUCGGCUAGGUUUUGGGCGCUUCCGCGCGAAGCUUUUGCGGGUUGCAAAUCACACAAAACCCCCUCUGAUGAUUUUUCCAACGCUGCAGAAACUCGACAAAAAAGCUGCCCGGCUCGACUCCGGAAAUUCCUUUGGAGGCUCUCCGGGGUUCGGCUAGGUUUUGGGCGCUUCCGCGCGAAGCUUUUGCGGGUUGCAAAUCACACAAAACCCCCUCUGAUGAUUUUUCCAACGCUGCAGAAACUCGACAAAAAAGCUGCCCGGCUCGACUCCGGAAAUUCCUUUGGAGGCUCUCCGGGGUUCGGCUAGGUUUUGGGCGCUUCCGCGCGAAGCUUUUGCGGGUUGCAAAUCACACAAAACCCCCUCUGAUGAUUUUUCCAACGCUGCAGAAACUCGACAAAAAAGCUGCCCGGCUCGACUCCGGAAAUUCCUUUGGAGGCUCUCCGGGGUUCGGCUAGGUUUUGGGCGCUUCCGCGCGAAGCUUUUGCGGGUUGCAAAUCACACAAAACCCCCUCUGAUGAUUUUUCCAACGCUGCAAAAACUCGACAAAAAAGCUGGCCGGCUCGACUUCGGAAAUUCCUUUUCGAUGCUCUCCGGGGCUCGGCUGGGUUUUGGGCGCUUCCGCGCGAAGCUUUUGCGGGUUGCAAAUCACACAAAACCCCCUCUGGUGAUUUUUUCCAACGCUGCAAAAACUCGACAAAGCUCUGCGGCGUUUUGGGGGUGGCUUCUGAUCUUGGAGAGGCCCCAAGCUAGCAUCUUGCUGGACUCUGAUCAGAGUCCGUCGCGACGAGGCCGCCCGGCCCCGUCUGAGUGACUGGGCGGCCGGGCCCCUUCGUUUGCUGUGUGGAUUGCGCGAGCGCGCCUGCCUCUGUGGAAGAACCCGCACCCAGGCCCGGGGCCAGUGGCUUUCCUGUUUUCGAAAUUCAACAUAGCGGCAGCGCUUUUUCCUUCUGACACCGUUCACGCGCUGGAAAUCAUUCCGAACGGCGCGAACUUUGACCAGCACAUUUUGAAGCGGGAGGUCAACAUCCUCUGGUCGCAAUCCCUGUCCGAGGACCCACGGUGCAUUGCGUUCACGGAAACCAACCGGAAGAUGAACGACAACCAGGUGAAAAAGAUGGUUACGCACAGCAUCAAAAAUCGGCUUUCAAAGGAGCAACUGGGGCACCGCGGCGGCCUGCCCUUCGUCAGCAACAACGUCCUGCUGCAGCAGGAGAUGGCGCAAUCGAACCAGUACCCGAAGCGGAUCUGGGUGCUGGAAGAGCAGUACCGGAUUUUCACGCAGCACUGCGAGAAGCAAAUCUGCAUCGUGAUCCUCCGCGACUUCAUCGCGCCAAACUUGGCGAAAGAUAAAGUGUACCACUAUGCGGCGCAGCAGAUCUUGAAGGUCCUCCGUGAUGUCACCAACGCGGCGCACGUGGAUGAGCAGAGGGUGGAAAGGGAGCAAAAGCUGCAAGCCUCUGCCGGUGGCAGGGGGAACGGUAGAAAUAACACGGCUAUCCAAGAGAAAAUUUCAUCUGCACAUGUGCCAAUGGUGUUUGCCUUGCAUGGAAAAUCGUAGUUGUACUUACUCUCGUUGGCUCUACCGUAUGAGCGAAAUUUGUAGUGCUUUUUUUUCUAGUUACAACGGGAUAUCAUGUAAGGAUUAUAUAUUUAUAAGCAUUGAGAUUGACCUCCUGCUGACGCACAGUACAGGAAAUUAUCCUUGCAUAGCGACGACGGGGAACAAAUAUUUCAAAAAUUUGCCACCCAGUGACCUGAAAAAAAGGGUUAUGGGCAAUUUCAGCGAGGAUGUAAAGAAGCAGCUCCUGCCGUUCCUGACCAGCUCGUAUCAAUUGCGCGGGAGGGGCACGGAGGUCCCACCCGGGGAAGACGUGAUUGCAGGGCUGCACGAUUUAUCCUGUGCAAAAGUAUCGUACUCGACGUAGUAAUUGCAGUCAUGCAUUACAAGUUUUUUUCAUUUUCUGAAGGUAAAUCCGCAAUACAAAUUUCAUUUCUCAUGCUGAGGGAAUUAAUAUUUACAUUGCUUGACUUCCGGGUUCUGGUAACGCAUACCCCCGGCGACAGGUGACCUUGACAGGCGACCUUGACAGGCGACCUCGACAGGUGACCUCGACAGGUGACCUCGACAGGUUACCUCGACGGGUGACCCUGACAGGUGACCUUGAGAGGUGACCGCGACGGGUGAACGCCCUGCCUUCCCCCACUAGUGCUUCGCGCACUAAGCCACUAUGCGCGCGCCUGGUGUGAGGCGAGGGGCGGACGCUGUCCGCCCCGAUGCCGAACACCCUUCCCCCACUAGUGCUUCGCGCACUGAGCCACCACGUGCGCGCCUGGUGUGAGGCGAGGGGCGGACGCUGUCUGCCCCGAUGUCGAACACCCUUCCCCCACUAGCGCCACUAGGGACGGGCACAAGGCCCCAGCGUGGGGACCCUGUCCCCACGCUCGGGUGGGCCUUGUUUGUCAUGCAUUUAUACGAGUGCGAUACCUAUUUGCAAUGCAUACGAUUUCCAAGGGCCCAUGGAUGUCAUCGACGAAGAGGAGAUUGUUGGAGCGAGCAAGGCGAGCAAAAGGACGGGAAGUAAAGCUGCGGGCAAUGGUGACAACCCAAGCUCCGUAUCAAAUGCAAAUAUGUUUGGGUCUGGAAGAUUGCUGAGAUUUGCGAUGCUGUGUCUGGUUGACACAGAAGGUGUGCCACGCAAGGCCUAGCAUGACAGGUUUUGAAACGGUUUCCCAAUGCCUAAUCCGCAUGGCAAACGCCUUCUUUCGGCGACAGGAAAAGAAGGCCGUUUCGCUGUCCAAGCAUGACAGAUUUUUGUCUGAUCUAAGCAUGCAUCACAAGUUCAAGCCCGCAAUCGCAUCCUUCCAGACCCAGACACUUUUGCAUUGUAUACUCCGCCUCCGCGUCCUCUUCCGCGAAUAACAAAACGCCGAAAUUCGGUAUCCAAGAACAAAGAAAAGUUCACCAUGGUCAGCACUCAUAGGCACUUGUGCAACACAAAAAUGUGUGUCAUGCGUAGAAACGCAUCACAGUCAAACUAAUUAGCGUUUAGUGAAUUCCGAUUCCACCCCUUUAGUGUUUCUGCAAUACAAGACAAAUAAAAGGCACGACGCCAAGGAAUUUUCUGAUGCAAAGCCAGGAAAUCACUGACUAGGCGAAAAAUUUUUGUACGGUCCAUAUUCGGAAACGACAAGUCGAAAAAGCAAAGUCCGUUCGACAACAAACCGCUGGAAACGCCUGGCACCACGAAUUCCAACGCUUUUAGCAAGGACGAAAUUGCGAAGUACACGAGCAGUAAAUGCACCAACUUCCGGCAACUCGUCGGGUGGAUGAUUAUCCAGGUUAACAUCCUUGCGAAGGAAAAGAACGAGACGCUGUUCAACAACGCGGCUAUCACUUACCAUUCCGCGCAAAUUUUCAUCGGUUGCUACCCGGUCAUCAAAACGCACAACCUGGCGUUAGCCAGGUACCUUGCGCCGUUUCUACUGCGUAUUAUCCUCGUGCAGAAGGCGAAAGCGACGCCGUCUCUAUCGAAUUACGCCAGCACGGCGAGCGGGGGGAUUUCCGGUGCAGCGGGCGGCAUCAUAAACCCGUUGACGGGCAUGGGCAAUGUUCCCGGCGCCUUCGGAGAUGUCUCGGGAGGUAAUAUCCUCACCUCGUCCCGUUCCAAAGUGAACAACAAACUGAAGCCGGCCAACACCACGACCAGCGACAACCUGCAGUCGGAAGCGUCAGGACAAAGCUUCCUGAAGUCCGCGACCAGUGCGCUGCAGGAUUUGCGGC